GUUCGGCAGAGGCCUCUCCUCCAAGACAGAAAACCUGCAUCAUGGCUAUGACCUUGGGGUACUGGGACCUUCGGGGGCUGGCUCAUGCCAUUCGCCUGCUCCUAGAAUACACUGACUCCAAGUAUGAGGAGAAGAAGUACAGGAUGGGCGAUGCUCCGGACUAUGACAGAAGCCACUGGCUGGAUGAAAAAUUCAAACUGGGCCUUGACUUCCCCAAUCUGCCCUACUUAAUCGAUGGGCCUCACAGGAUCACCCAGAGCAAUGCCAUCCUUCGCUACCUGGCUCGCAAGCAAAACUUGUGUGGGAAGACUGAAGAGGAGCAGAUUCAUGGGGACAUUUUGGAGAACCAAAUUAUGGACACCUUUAUGCAAAUGGCCCGGAUGUGCUAUAGCCCUGAUUUUGAGAAACUGAAGCCAGAUUACCUGAAAGGACUCCCUGACACAGUGAAGCAGUACUCACAGUUUCUGGGGAAGAAGACCUGGUUUUUGGGAGACAAGCUCACCUAUGUGGAUUUCCUGGCUUAUGAUCUCUUCGAUAAGCUCCGGAUGUUCGAGCCCACAUGCCUGAAUGCUUUUCCCAACCUGCAGGACUACAUGACCCGCUUUGAGGGCCUGCCGAAGAUCUCUGCCUAUAUGAAGUCUGGCCGAUACAUUCGAAGCCCUGUGUUUGGAAAAAUGGCGCUGUGGGGCAACAAGUAGGCUCCAACAGAAAGGAUGCAAAAGUCUGAACAGUUUCUGACCUCUGUUUUGGAG